AUGUUAAUCAUUUUUUUAAAUAAAAUAUGUUGUGAAGUGUCAAUGGAACUAUUUGAUAAGAUAAAUAGUUAUAGAGUAAAGCAUAAUUUAGAAGAAUUUGAGUUUAAAGAGGAAUUAAAAGAAGUUGCCCAAGAACAAGCAGAUUACAUGUGUAAAAUUAAUAAAUUAACACAUGCUAAUCAGGAUUUAAUACCAUUAAAACAAAGAAUAAGAGACAAGGGGAUUGAUAUGGUAAUGAAAGCGGGUGAAAAUAUUGCAAAAUCAGACAGUGAAGCAUAUGAAUCAAUAGCAAAGUUGUGGAUGAAGAAUGAAGGACAUAAAAACAAUAUUCUUGGUAACUACACACAUUCAGCAAUAGCUACAUGUAAAACACCAGAUGAUAUAAUUUAUUGGGUGGAAGUAUUUGCUAAUUUAUCAGAUCAACAAGGAUAUAAGAAUUAUAAAAAUAAUUCAAUAUCAAAGAAUAAGUUAUAUUUAAUUAUCAAAGAUAAGUUGAAGAAGAUAAAUAAUGAAAAUUUAACAGAAGAUGAUUUAUUAUCAUCAUUAAAUGAAAAGUCUAAUAAAAAUGAUCAAAAAAAUAAAAAUGAUCAAAAAAAUAAAAAUGAUCAAAAAAAUAAAAAUGAUAAAAACUUAGAAAAUACUUCAAAUGAUAAAAAUAAAAAAGAUAAAGAAAAUACUUUAAAAGACGGUAAAAAUAAAAAUAAUAAUUUAGAUAAAGAAAAUGUAAAGAAUGAUAAAGAAAAUGAAAUAAUAAAAGAAAUAGAAGAUUUUAUACCUAAAGCAUUAGAAAAGUUUAAAAAUGAAAUACUCAAUUCAAUAAAAAAUAACACAGUAAAUCCUAAUACAGAAUUAAUCAAUAGUUCGUUACCAAAUGAUACUUUAACAAUUAAUUUUAAUACAAUUCCAAAUUCAUCAAAUGAUCAAUUAAAAGAUUUAAAAACAGCUUUAGUUAAUGUAAAAGAUAAUAGUUCUAUUAAUAUUCCUAUGUUUGAUAAUAAUCAUACUAAUCAUACUUUAAAUGAUAAUACUUUAAAUGAUACUAUUACUUUAAAUGGUAAAAAUUCUUUAAAUACUAAUACUUUAAAUGAAAAUCAUACUAAUACUUUAAAUAAUAAUAAUCAAAUUAGUACCACUAAUACUUUAAAUAAUGAUAAUAAUCAAAUUAAUAAUACAAAAAGUAUAAAUGAAUUAAAUAAUGUUACAACAAAUAAAACAACAGAACCAACUAUAGAUAUGAAAGAUGAUAAACAUUUAAUUAAAUUAAUAGAAGAGGUAAUAGAAUCAAACAAGUAUAAUUUAACAGUAGUAGAUAAGAAAAAAGACGAUAAAGAAAACAACAUAGAAAUAGCGGAACCUUUAUAA